AUGUUCCGGCAGAUUUGGGUUCAUUACGAAGAUACUCCACUUCAACGAAUAUUUUGGCGGUCAUCACCCGAAAACCCACUGAUGAUUUAUGAACUAAAAACCAUUACGUAUGGCACUGCAGCAGCACCAUAUUUAGCGACUCGAGUUUUGAAACAAUUAGCCGACGACGAACGUGGAAACUAUCCACUCGCAGCAAAGUCAACAUAUGAAGACUUCUAUGUUGACAACUAUAUCACUGGUACCAAGACUAUAGGCGAAGCAAUAGAGCUUCGGAAACAAAUGGAAGCCAUGUUUGCAUCGGCAGGCAUGCAACUUCGCAAGUGGGCAAGCAACUGUCCGGCAGUAUUAGACGAUCUUCCUGAAGAAAAUCGCGCCAUACUACUGACACUGGAAUUCGACAAGAAUCAAAGCAUUAAGACAUUAGGCUUGCACUGGGAGCCUCACACGGACUUUUUCAAAUAUGUGAUUCCAGAGAAACCAUUCGAUACCACGAUUCCGCUGACAAAGCGUAACAUUCUUUCAUGUAUAGCGAAACUCUUUGACCCGUUGGGUUUAGUUGGUCCAGUAGUACUGACGGCGAAGAAAAUAAUGCAAGCGUUAUGGGGCCUGAAAAACGAAAAUGGAAGGCCACUCGAUUGGGAUCGAGAAGUACCCGAUUCGAUGAAAAUUCGUUGGACUUCAUAUCACACACAACUUCCUCAACUGAACAAUUUGCGUAUUGAACGACUAAUAGUACUUCCGAAUGCAACCUGUAUUGAACUCCACUUCUUUUCGGAUGCGUCCGAAGCAGCGUAUGGUUCGUGUGUAUACGUACGGUCAUUGAACUCAACAGGCGAAAUCAAGGUCACUUUAUUGACUUCACGUUCAAAAGUGGCACCGCUCAAACUACAAAGCAUUCCCCGAUUGGAGCUCUGUGGAGCGUUACUUUCCGCAGAACUAUAUGCGAAGGUAAUGAAGUCGUUACGGAUCGAUGCUCAAGCGUACUUUUGGGUAGAUUCUACCGCAGUGUUGUGUUAUCUAAAGGCGACACCAAGCACAUGGUCGACGUUCGUGGCAAACCGCGUGUCAAAGAUUCAGCAUGCCACGGAAAAUUGUGAAUGGAAUUUCGUGGCGGGUCACAACAAUCCAGCAGACAUUAUUUCACGUGGGCUUUCGCCAUCAAAAUUACUUCAAAGUCAGCUCUGGUGGAAGGGUCCGUCAUGGCUUCAGCAACCCACUGACUCGUGGCCCACUUUUGUUCCUGACAUUCAAACAGAUUCGGAUGUGUCGAAAGAUAUAAGGAAAACGUCAAUUGUAUUCACCGCACCAUCGUCAAUAACACAACCUUUCAUCGAGGAAUAUGUUGUUAGAUUUUCCAAUUAUCAAAAAAUGCUUCGAGUAAUGUCGUACGCUCAACGUUUCAUCAAAAACAGUUCGGUUUCAAAGGCAGAAAGAGAGAAAUCAAAAUUUCUCACAACAAAUGAAGUACGUCACGCAGAAUUGACUAUCAUCCAAUUAGUGCAGCAAGCAAGCUUUCCUGAGGAAUGGAAAUCGCUUCAGAAAAAAACAGAUGGUUUCAAGCAAAUCACGGUUGCGUUGGUUUAA